ACGUUGUGGUGGUUCUUCUGAGGAUGCAAGCACAUGCAGAACGAUUGGGUAUUUUAGUUUCGCCGGUUAGUUUCGAUGAUUUUGAUUUGAGAGAAACCAUGUGUGUUUUGGUUGUCUUGAAAAGGAUUUUGUAUUCUUAGACUUAUUGAGCGGUCGUGAUUGUGUUAGAUCGUCAUGCUAGUGAGCAAUUUAUUGGGCGUUAAUCUUUUCCCAUGAUUAUCUAGUUUGUUUCGGCUGCUCGGUCGAAGAUUUUACAUAAUAGAGUUUAUUCCCUGUUGGGUCCGCCUCGAAACAGAUUUCGGUUUGGGCAGGGAGGUGGGUUUAGCUUUAUCGAUUUGCUAGUUUGGCUUCCACCUGCGUCACUCAGCUCUGGGACUGCUCCUUUCGAUCAUUUUCCAGACAUUUGUGAAUUCUACUAUCCCCGGUUAGCCCGAGACAUAUCUUCCAAUCCACUAGAGUGAAUUCCUUUGCCCAAAUGGCGUGGCUCGGCAGACUCUUCGAUACUCCUGGAUCAUCUACUUAUCACUACCGCGAAGGCGAUGCGUAUACCCAGUACUCAAAUGUACCCCAUCGGAGCUAUGAAGGCUGGCAAGGCCCCAGUAUCUUCUCGGAACCAAGGCGAGAAGAAUGGGCUUCGAAUGUGGAGGAGAAACCCUCUGACAGUAACAGCAGCCAGCCAUCAUACCCUAGCGACAUACCAUUAUAUAGCUACAACAUACCACUAAACUCCUAUGACGAGCCCUCAUAUUCCAACGACAGCUCGCCAUAUGAGAUUGUGGCACAGUCACCGCCCAACACCAAUGACACCCGUACUUAUCACAACGAAAGAGUCUCCUAUCCGCAGAUCGAUGCCGAGAGUAUAGAGGCCACCAACCUCGCCAUUGCGCUGUCUCUCUCUGAAGAAGAAGAUCGAAGAAGAAGAAGCAGAGAUGUGCCGAACACGGAGGAUGAUGAGAGCCUAGCCAGAGCUUUGCAGGAGAGUAUUUAUCUCGAGCAGAGUGCACCUCGGAAAAUUCCCGCUAAGCCCCCUGGCUUCCGCCCUAUAGUGCAAAAUCCAAACAGGACGAACCCUUGUGCUGGGUGCAAGAAACCCCUUGGAUAUGGGCGUUUCUUAAGCUGCUUGGGGAAGAAUUGGCAUCCCAGCUGUUUUGCUUGCAAAUUGUGCAGCAGACCUAUUGCAGAACGCGAGUUUUCCGUCCAAGAAGGUGAACCCUAUCAUCGAGACUGUUACAAGGAGUUGUUUCACCCUAAGUGCGAAGUUUGUCUCCAAUUUAUUCCCACAAAUGCAGCUGGGUUGAUAGAGUAUCGAUCGCAUCCAUUUUGGAAUCAAAAAUAUUGUCCCAAACACGAGGCGGAUGGUACGCCACGCUGCUGUAGUUGUGACCGCGUCGAGACCCAUGAUGAGCAGUAUGUACCCUUAGCGGAUGGACGCAAGCUCUGUUUAGAGUGCUUAGAAACUGCGGUCUUUGACACCAAGGAAUGCCAACCCUUGUAUCGGGAGAUACUAAAAUUCUACAAGAACGUGGGGAUGAUGAUAGAUCAGGAAGUUCCUAUGCUCUUAGUUGAGCGCAGUGCCCUCAAUGAUGCACGAGAAGGCGAGAAAGAGGGAAUGCACAUGACGUCGGAGACACGAGGCCUUUGCCUUUCAGAAGAGCAAACUAUCACAACGGUGUUUGGAGGGAAACCAGUUUUCUCCAGAGGUCCUUGGAGUUUGUGGACUGAGCCAAGACAACUCCGCCGCCAUUGUGAGGUCACUGCCAUCCUUGUUCUCUACGGCCUCCCCAGGUUGCUCACAGGUGCAAUCUUAGCUCACGAGCUUAUGCACGCAUGGCUACGUUUGACAGGAGGGUUUCCUCAUAUGUCCCCGGAAGUGGAGGAGGGCAUCUGUCAAGUCAUGUCGCACAUAUGGCUAUCAGCAGAGCUCAAGAGAUCCCAGAACAGAACCUCAACAAAUGCAACCAGCCCUGCUCAAGAGCGUCUAGGAAAAUUCUACCUCCACCAAAUUGCCAACGACACGUCUCCCAUCUACGGAAAUGGGUUCCGCCGGGGACUUAAGGCUGUGAACUAUCACGGACUUGUGAGAGUUCUAGAGCAUCUUCGAAUGACAGCAAACUUCCCACCAGGCCCAUGAAUAAAAUACGUUGCUGUUUUCUCUGAUCUCUCUCCCUCUCUCAUCACAGUCUUGUUGUGAAAGCUUUCACAAGCUUUAUCUUUCAUUUUAGACAUAGGACAGUUGGAAUACUUGCAGAAAGAGUUCUUAGGAUAUUCAGAGACUUCGUAUGAAGCAAGUGAAGCUUGAGUGUAGAAAUGGAAUUGGAGUCUCACAAUGCUUUCAGUGCAGUCAGUCUCUUUGUACAGAGUAGGUGUAGAACUCUGGGAAUUUGUCCUCACCUGGACUCUUCCAGUCUAGCUUCUCGAAGCUCAGUGAGAUACUUAUAUGGCGGUGCCAUUUUUAUGGUUGCAAUAUACGCCAAGCAUCUAAUAUUGGCCUGCAAUGGAUAAUGCUUUUGGUUGUAUCUACUUAA